GUCAAUAUGCCUGUUCUGUUGAUCCAUCGUGACACUAAGUUCUGGGGAGAUGAUGCAGCAGAGUUCAAGCCCGAGAGGUUUAAGGUUGAGAUCUCAUAGGCAACAAAGAACCAGAUUAAUGGAUCAGGAUGUGAAUUAUCUCUGGUACUACAAUAAAUUACAUGGCUUCCACCAGAAAAUCAGUUGACGGUAAAUAAAAUGAUCAAAAUUCUUUAUGUAUUACUCAAAUCUCUUACAUAUUUUCAAUAUUAGAUUUUCACUCCGACAGUUAGAGACCAUGCAACCUUGAUUUUCAGAGUAUUUUUUUUAUAAAUGAUUUUCGGAGUACAUUGUAGACAGGAUUCAUUCAGAAUCGUUUUUAUCAGUCAUCCGAGACAGUUAGAUUUGAAUAUGCAUCAUGCACUACAAUUAAUUAUCUGCAAAGAAACGUAAAGUAAUUGACGUACGUUACAUGCCACCACACAAAUUGAAGCUCGCUUCUUGCACCACGUGGCUGGCAUGUGACCUAAUCACCAAAUGAAUUGUACUAGAAGACAUCAUGCGGUAUUAUUCGCCAACAUUCUCAAUCUUUAAAAUCCCAAGAAUAUUAGAUAACUCUCCAUCUCUCUGAGAGUGAAAAUGGAGAUAACGGUUGCGUUAGUAACAGCUUCAGCAGCUAUAGUUGUUCUGUCGUGGUGGACAUGGAGAACUUUAAUGUUCGUUUGGUUUACACCAAAGAUGCUUGAGAGCUACCUGAGAAAACAAGGUCUCCUCGGUACUCCUUACACGCCUCUCGUCGGCGAUUUGAAGAGGAAUUUUAGUAUGAUAAAGGAGGCAAAAUCCAAACCCAUCAAACUAACGGAUGAUAUCUCACCACGUGUCGUGCCGUUUCCGUUCGAAAUGCUCAAGACACACGGAAGGACGUUUUUUACAUGGUUUGGAACUACACCAACCAUCACUAUAAUGGAUCCUGAUCAAAUCAAGGAAGUGUUCAACAAAAGUUAUGAUUUCCAGAAGCCACAUACGUUCCCGUUGGGUGACUUGAUAGCCAAGGGAGUCGUUAGCUAUGAUGGUGAGAAAUGGGCGAAACACCGAAGAAUCAUCAACCCGGCAUUCCACCUUGAGAAGAUCAAGAAUAUGGUACCUGCGUUCCACCAAAGCUGCAGCGAGGUCGUUGGCAAAUGGGAAAAGUUAGUCUCGGAUAAAGGAUCCUCAUGUGAGGUGGACGUUUGGCCAGGGCUUGUGAGCAUGACUGCUGAUGUCAUCUCCCGUACUGCUUUUGGCAGCAGCUAUAAAGAAGGACAGAGGAUAUUUGAGCUCCAAACCGAACUAGCACAGCUCAUGAUACAAACGUUUCUGAAAGCUUUCAUCCCUGGAUAUCUUUAUCUCCCAACAAAGGGUAAUAGAAGGAUGAAAGCAGCAUCCAGAGAAAUACAGGUUAUACUGAGAGGGAUCAUUAACAAAAGGUUAAGGGUUAGAGAAGCUGGGGAAGCACCAAGCGACGAUUUGCUAGGUAUACUUCUUGAAUCGAAUCUAGGGCAAACUAAAGGAAAUGAAAUGAGCACUGAGGAUGUAAUGGAGGAGUGCAAGUUGUUCUAUUUCGCCGGACAAGAGACAACUUCAGUGCUUCUAGUCUGGACAAUGGUUCUGUUAAGCCAACACCAAGACUGGCAAGCUCGCGCACGACAAGAAGUGAAGCAAGUUUUUGGCGAUAAAGAACCCGAUACAGAAGGCUUGAACCAGCUUAAAGUUGUAAGUGAAACCAAAAUAAACAAACCUUUGAUAAUGAAAAACUUUUGUUGUGUUUUGAUGAUUUUAACUGAAUGCUUCCAACAGAUGACAAUGAUACUAUAUGAGGUCCUUAGGCUAUAUCCUCCAGUAGAGCAGCUGACCCGAAUUAUUCACAAAGAGAUGAAGCUAGGCGACCUGACACUGCCAAGAGGCGUUCAGAUCAAUCUACCUAUUCUGCUUGUCCAUCGCGACACAGAGCUGUGGGGCAAAGAUGCAGCCGAGUUCAAGCCAGAGAGGUUCAAAGAGGGUGUCUCAAAGGCAACAAAGGGCCAAGUAUGUUUCUUUCCCUUUGGGUGGGGACCGAGGAUCUGCAUUGGCCAGAAUUUUGCUCUUUUGGAGGCAAAGAUGGCUUUGUCUCUGAUUCUACAGAGAUUCUCCUUUCAGCUUUCACCUUCCUAUGUUCAUGCUCCUUACCCAGUCUUCACAUUGCACCCGCAGUUCGGUGCUCAUCUUAUCCUACACAAGAUAUAGUUCCAUCACCUCAUGUGAUGUUUAUAAAAAGAGCUUAUUAUAUAUGCAAGAGAAAUAAUAUUUCACAGAAGAAAUUAGUCAAGAUCAU